UUCCUCAAGGUUCCGAACCCGCGCCAUCUCGCGGCACCGGCACCGAAACCCAAAUCGGUCAUUUCCGAACCAAAAAAGAAACACUAAAAGAAAAAAAAAAGAGAAAGAGAGAGAAGGUGGUUGAUGAUGGAGAGAAGCGAUUAUGCGAUGCGUGGAAGGAAGCCGGAAAUUUCAGAAUCUGGAUCAGGUACAGCUACAGAUACAGAUACAGUGAUGGGUGAGGUGGGGAAAAUACUGUACAUGGUUGUGGUUGAUGACGACGCCGACAAGAAGGACAAAGGAAAGGACUCUUUUCGCUACACUCGCCCUGUUCUUCAGAGCACGCUCCAGCUCAUGGGAUGCAAAGCUCGCCAUGCCUUCAAGAUCAGCCAAAGAGUAUUUGAGCUCACAAGGAAUGGGAGUUCUACUGAUGAUUUUCAGUCCGACGGAAUGAUAUUGUCUGGUUUCCAUGCUUCCAACAGUAAUAUUGUUGAAAAAGAUGCUCGUGCUGCUGCUGCUAUUUGCCUGGAUAAAACAGACCUCGGCAGCACAGUAUUUGUCCAGAGAGAGAAAUUUCUAGAUAUUGUCUGCGAAGCUUUGGCUGAGUACAAAUACAUGGGCCCAAACCAGAGAGCCGACUUGGCAUUAGCAUGCAAGAUUCGAGAACGAAAGGAAUCCAUGACAGUGCUGUUGUGUGGCACCAGUGGCUGUGGCAAAUCCACAUUGUCUGCACUGCUGGGUAGCCGAUUGGGAAUCACAACUGUGGUAUCAACUGAUUCUAUAAGGCACAUGAUGAGAAGUUUUGCUGAUGAGAAGGAGAAUCCUUUGCUUUGGGCCUCCACUUACCAUGCAGGGGAGUGUUUGGAUCCUAUUGCUGUUGCAGAAGCAAAGGCCAGAAGGAAAUUUAACAAGCAGGCUGGUGUGUUACAUACACUUUCCAAGGAUGAAUUAAACGAGGAUCAUAAUUCUAGGAAACCUGAUACCCGGACAUUGGAGGUUGGAUCUGGUGCUGCUACUGAACUGCUAAAUGCAAAACAAAUGGCUGUAGAAGGAUACAAGGCGCAAAGUGAGAUGGUGAUUGAAAGUCUUGACAGACUAAUCACUGCCUGGGAAGAACGAAAAGAGUCUGUUGUUGUUGAGGGAGUUCACUUGAGUCUUAACUUCGUUAUGGGGCUUAUGAAGAAACAUCCCUCAAUCAUACCAUUCAUGAUAUACAUUACAAAUGAGGACAAGCAUAUGGAAAGAUUUGCUGUUCGAGCAAAGUAUAUGACAUUGGACCCAGCUAAAAAUAAAUAUGUAAAGUAUAUUAGAAACAUUAGGACAAUCCAGGAUUAUCUCUGUAAGCGUGCUGACAAACAUUUAGUUCCCAAAAUAAACAAUACAAAUGUUGAUAAGAGUGUAGCAGCCAUCCAUGCUACCGUCUUUGGUUGUCUUCGUAGGCGUGAAGCUGGAGAACAGUUAUAUGAUCCUGUUAGAAAUACAGUAACAGUUGUAGAUGAGGAAUAUCAAAAUCAAUGUGCAGCCAAUUCUCUGAGCUCGAAAGGAAUGUUUCAGUUGAUCCAGAGAAAAGGUUCUUCUAGGCAUCUUAUGGCUCUUGUAAACAGUGAUGGAUCUGUGGCAAAGGCUUGGCCUGUUCAUUCUUUUGACGGUAAUGGCAAACCUAUAUGGGGCUAUGGACCUGAGAAUGGCAUUGGAAAUCUAAUGUAUGGACCUUUACGGAUCGGCAAGGCAGAAACUGUAAAUCUUCAGUUUGGUUUGUAUGGGAUCAGUGCUUGGCCCAGUGAUGGAGGCACUAGUCGCACUGGAAGUGUCGAUGAGUCAAGAGCGGAUGAGACUGAUACAGGAAGCAGAUAUCUAUCCUCGUGCUGUAGCUCACCAAGGCUGUCCGAUGGACCGGCAAAGGAGGUCAAGGAGGAUCUUUCAGUGCAUGGCAGUGAUGAAGAGAUUGAUGAUCAACUGGAGGCGGGCAGUGAUGAAGAUUUAAGUGACGAUGGUGACAAACAUCGCCAUGAGGAGAUUGGAUCAGUUGACGAGGAAUCUACGAAGUCUGACGAGGAGUAUGAUGAUUUAGCCAUGCAAGAUGUGCAGGCGAGCGGGUAUUGGUCAGAUGACGACGAUGGAUUCAAGAAUAAGGUCAAUUCUGUUUCCUGGGACCAAGGAACAAAACUGCAAGGCAGUAAGUAUCGCCAGAACUUGGAUCUCUUCCUUAGAACUAGAAGUGAGCCAGUGACAGAGUCCCUGUGCUCAUAUUCGUCUUUGCUUGUGGAAAAGAGUGAAAAGAGGUUGCCACCGACUGGUAAAGCCAAAUUGAGAAAACGAUCCCUGAGUAUUCCUGCACUAUGAAAAAGGAUUCAUCAACUAUAGGUAGUAGGAUCCUUCUUUGGUUUAUUUUUAUUUAGGGUUGGUCACAUCUGAGAUUUUGCUAACAGUGUAUAUUACUGUUGAAAUGGUAGAAGUAGUUGUGUGUUUUGACUUUAGUCAUCUAAUCAUUUGCGGAUAUAUAAACUUCUCAAGUUUUUUCCUCCAAA